AUGCUAAGGGAACAAGUGUCCACAGGUGGCCCCUCAAGACCCAAAAGCCAGGGCCAGCCUUCCAGGCAGCGUGCAGAUCCUGCAGAGUGCAGAUUCAUCUGUCAUGGCGUGGAGGAAGGUAGGGACGUGGGCCCUGUCGUCUACAGUGGGAGACUCUCCCAGGAGGCAUCUGCUAUAAUUACUCCCAUUUCCUUCAGGGAAAUCGAGGCUCGGAGAGAUGCGCGGGAGCAGCGGGAGAUAAGAGGGAGAGGAGAGAGGGAGCGUGUGCGUGCGGUGGGAGAGGGAGAGGGAAGAGAGGACACGCACACACUGAAGCUGCCACUUUUUCCCCCCUCCUCCCCGGCACUCUCUCUUUCCCCCCCAUCCCAGGAUCCAAUGAUAGCUGCUGGACCAGCCGGGAAGCCCUCGCUGUCAGCGCGGAGUGAGAUGAAUGCGGAGCUGGGAGGUGAGGACCAGGCUGCGACUCCAGACAGCGAGCUGAGUGAGCCUCUGCCGGCGCCCGCGGAGUCAAAUGACAGCGAGGACACUCCCAGCAAGCUCUUCGGGGCCAGAGGAAACCCAGCACUAUCAGACCCAGGCACUCCUGACCACCCCCAGGCCAGUCAGACCCACCCGCCAUUCCCGGUGGGGCCACAGCCACUUCUGACGGCACAGCAGUUAGCCUCAGCUGUCGCUGGUGUGAUGCCAGGGGGCACACCCGCCCUGAACCAGCCUAUUCUCAUCCCUUUCAACAUGGCCGGACAGCUUGGAGGGCAACAAGGACUCGUCCUCACACUACCUACUGCGAAUCUCACCAACAUCCAAGGGCUGGUAGCAGCAGCUGCAGCUGGAGGCAUUAUGACCCUGCCAUUGCAAAAUCUACAAGCUACCUCAUCCCUGAACUCCCAGCUCCAGCAGCUCCAGCAGCUGCAGCAGCUCCAGCCGCCGCCGCCUCCACAGCCCAGCAGCCACCCCAGCAGCCACCCGCAGGCUCCCCACCAGUCGUCCCAAGCACCGCAGCCCCAGCCCCAGCCAGCACCACCCCAGCAGCCACCACCCGCUUCCCAGCAGCUGCCAGCUCCGCUAUCGCAGCCCCCGCAGUCUCAGUGCCACCCUCACCCCCAGAACCAGAACCAGAACCAACCGUCUCCAACUCAGCAGAAUGCAAGCCCCCCUCAGAAACUCAGCCCAUCUCCGGGACACGGCCUUCCGUCACAGCUCACGCCACCCAGUCCUCUGCAGCUGGUUAAUAAUCCACUAGCAAGUCAGGCUGCAGCGGCUGCAGCAGCAGCAGCCAUGGGCUCCAUAGCAAGCUCACAGGCCUUUGGCAAUGCCCUCUCCAGUCUUCAGGGGGUCACAGGUCAACUAGUUACUAAUGCACAAGGACAGAUAAUCGGGACCAUCCCUCUGAUGCCAAACGCGGGGCCAUCGAGCCAGGCGGCGAGUGGCACUCAGGGCCUCCAAGUGCAGUCCAUCACCCCGCAGCUCCUGACCAACGCACAGGGCCAGAUCAUCGCCACAGUCAUUGGGAACCAGAUCCUGCCCGUCAUCAACACCCAGGGCAUCACGCUCUCGCCCAUCAAGCCCGGCCAGCAGCUCCACCAAUCCUCCCAGACGUCAGUGGGUCAAGCAGCCUCCCAAGGCAAUCUUCUGCACCUGGCUCACAGCCAAGCAUCCAUGUCUCAAAGCCCUGUCCGGCAGGCUUCUUCCUCCUCCUCCUCGUCCUCCUCUUCUUCAGCUUUGAGUGUGGGCCAGUUAGUCAGCAAUCCCCAAACGGCAGCGGGUGAGGUGGAUGGGGUUAAUCUGGAGGAGAUCCGAGAAUUUGCCAAAGCUUUUAAAAUCCGGCGCCUGUCCCUGGGCCUGACCCAGACUCAGGUGGGACAGGCCCUCAGUGCCACAGAGGGCCCCGCCUACAGCCAGUCAGCCAUCUGCAGACACACCAUCCUGAGAAGCCACUUUUUCCUACCACAGGAAGCCCAAGAGAACACUAUAGCUAGCAGUCUGACAGCCAAACUGAACCCUGGCCUUUUGUAUCCUGCCAGGUUUGAAAAGCUGGACAUCACCCCUAAAAGUGCCCAGAAGAUCAAGCCGGUGCUUGAGCGGUGGAUGGCUGAGGCUGAGGCCCGCCAUCGAGCGGGCAUGCAGAACCUGACCGAGUUUAUUGGGAGUGAACCGUCCAAAAAGCGCAAGCGGCGCACCUCCUUCACACCCCAGGCCCUUGAGAUCCUCAAUGCCCACUUUGAGAAGAACACACACCCUUCCGGGCAGGAAAUGACCGAGAUUGCCGAAAAGCUGAACUAUGACCGGGAGGUAGUUAGAGUUUGGUUCUGCAAUAAGAGGCAAGCCCUGAAGAACACGAUUAAACGCUUAAAACAGCACGAGCCUGCCACGGCUGUCCCCCUGGAGCCCUUAACAGACUCCCUGGAAGAAACCACCUAAAGGGACGCCCGCCCGGAAUCAGAAGCUAACUCCACAGAAACGAAGCUCCAUCCCUGGGACCCCACCAACAGACAAAGAAACAAACGAACACAUAACGAACGAAAUGUAACAUUUUAAAAUAGCCCUCGUCAUCCUCCUUAUGAGUCAAAGACUAAGAAACCUACCAAGUGGACAGAGUGGUUUAUAGGUGUCCAUUGGUUUUCAAAAAAAAAAAAAAGAAGAAUUUGAUUUUGAGAAUUUUUAAACAAGGAAUGCACCACACUGCAGAUGUGUGUGGUAGGCUAGUUCCCUCCCCCAUCUGCCUCCCCACAACCAGUUUUGUAAUGGACUAAAAGCGAACCAAAUAACCACAUACUUUUU